CGAGAUUAAUUUUACGAGAAAAGGUGUAGGGUGGCCCAAAAGUCUUUGGGGGUGAUUCGUAUUUUUAUUUUUCAUUCCAUCGUUCCCUUUUGAAAUAUUUUAAUAUUUUCUGAUGAUUGUUUGUCGUCCCAGAAUUUCAAACUAAAAAGAAUGUGUCCACGUAAGAGCAUUGGAACAAGAAUAUGCAACAAACAUAGGAAGAGAGAGAGAGAGAGUGUGUGUGUGUGUAUGUUGUUUUGUGCUGGGUGAGAUCCAACCUUGCUUUCAUGGUUAUGGCCUCCGUGUGUCAUCGCUGCUUAAUUCUCGCCAUUUCGCCAAUGUUGCUUUUUGAAGACCGAAAUUGAAACUUCAUGCGAUUGCUGAUUUUGUGGCUGUCAACUUGGUCAGAAAUACUCAUUAGUUUGUCAUAGUUACUCUUGGCCAUUGUAAAUAGUCCAAGAUUUGUUGGUUUGUGUAUAUGUAGCAAGAUAAACUUGGAAUUAGUGGGGAUUUUAUGAUUUCUUCUGGUGCAUGCAUUGAUUCUGUGUUUGAUUGCUGCAAGGUGUGGUCCUCCUCUCUUUAGUAUCCCCAAAUAUAUCUUCCUUAUUUUGGUUAUAGUUGAUCUGGGGAUUUGACAUCGAACAUGUUGAAUUGAGAACUUGAAUGUCGGUAGGGAGAAAUUAGACAUGAAUUUGAAGGUUAAUGAGCUAUUUACUCUUCUGGCCUUAUUACUAUAUCAGUACUGUGAAAAGAAUUAGCAGCUUGAGAAGCUGUUAUUAUGGCACUGAAUAAGACAGGAAACUUGUCAGGUUCUAAGACCGGUAAGGACCCUUGCUUGUUUCCUCAACACAGCCAAACAGAAUUAUCCAGUGGUGUUUCAAAUACAGGACAUAAUGUACAUAACAAUGUCACCAAACAGGCAGGGGAAAAAUUUUCUGUGAAUUUUGGUCAUGAUGGAAUUGCUGUUGGAAGAGUUCCUGUGUCACCUCUGAUAUCUCAAAAUUGUGAGAAUUUGUUUGGGUUGAAUAGGGAGAAUGGCAAUGUCAGAUACGAAGAUCUUACUAAAAUUUUGGGGUUGAGGAGAGUGGACUCCGAAAAUUCUUCUGACAUAUUUGACUUUGUUUCUAUAAAACAGCCAGCACAGGAGAUGGAGAACGGGGCAGCUGUAAAUAUUUUAAGCAAAAUUCAAAAUGGAGACGGUGUGUUGAGGAAGGUUGUUCACGAACCCAUUGGUGACCAGCCUGGUCUUGGGUUAGCUGUACCAACCCUUCGCAGAUAUGAAGCUUCUCAGUCCAAUGGAUUUUCUGGUUCAGGAACGUUAGAUGAUUCUCUCCCUGGGAAAAUGAAGUUUCUAUGCAGCUUUGGUGGAAAAAUAUUACCAAGACCCAGUGAUGGGAAACUCAGAAACGUAGGGGGAGAUACCCACAUUAUAUCUAUCCGAACGGAUAUUUCAUGGGAAGAGCUUAUGAAGAAGACCUUGGGUAUUUGCAAUCAACCUCAUACAAUUAAGUACCAGCUUCCAGGGGAGGAUCUUGAUGCUCUAAUAUCUGUUUCAUCUGAUGAAGAUCUUCAAAAUUUGAAAGAGGAAUACCAUGGGCUUAAAAGACUUGAAGGUUCUCAAAAACUUAGAAUUUUUUUAGUUCCUUUGGGUGAAACUGAAGAGACAUCUUCAACUGAUGCGAGUGCUGUUCAGCUGAGUGAUCCUGAUUACCAAUAUGUUGCUGCUGUAAAUGGUUUAAUAGACCCUACUAGAAUAAACCAAUCAGGUGAGCAAAGUUUGACAAAUGGAGCAAGUCAGCCAGCAACAGGUUUGAAUUUUGCUCCAGGUUCUCAGAAAACUCCACAUGUCUCUUCUCCUUUGGAGAUUCGGGAUGGUAUUAAUGCUUUCAAUCCAGAUGGAAUUUUGAACGACUCCCUGAAUUUUCAAAGGCCCUUGCCAAUUUCUCCUACUCCAAUUCAGGUAACAGGUACUGGCACAGGUUAUAUACAAUUGCUUGGUAACAACUCAUGCCAGGGAAGUAUUGAGAGCAAUGCUUCAUUUACUACUGCUCAGCUACAUCAUGAGUACUCCAGCAUAAGCAUUGCUGAUUGCAGAUACCAUCAACAACUGGCUACUACUACUUUGUCAAACAACAGUCACCAACACGGUGAUGUUGGUCAGCCCAAGAAGGUCAAUGGAGGCCAUUUUGAGGACCAUAAUUCUGGUAAGGAAUUAGUGACUACUGUAUAUGUUAAUCCAAGUGAUGGUUUUAGUGAAGUUUUUGGUGGAAGGUCCUUGCAAAAGGAAAGAAGAGUCUUCUCUGGAAAUCCUCUUUCAUGCUUGGAUGAUCCAAUCCAUCAACAGGGUGAAUCUUAUGGAAUUACUGACUCACCUCAUGCAAUUCCUCAUGCUUUUUCUGAUCCACAGUUGCAUGAGAGUGGAGCAAGGUCUGGUUACUUCUCACAAGACAGAAUUGGCCAAUCUUUCUCCCUGAACCUUGAGAAGGCUCAAUUAGCUUCAAUGUUACACCCUAGUGUCUCACAAGUGAGCCUUAUGGAGCAUCUGCAUGGUUCCGUUGUCCAUCAUCCUCAAAUGCAAAGUAAUAUACCAAAAGUUGAGUCAGCUGAGCUUCACAGAAGGCAAGAUUUGGCAUCUUCUUCUGCAUAUUUUGAAUCAUUCGGAAUGCAUGAUCAUAUGCAUAUGGAUGGCAUUUUAAGUGAAAAAAAUUACCGUAUUGCUCAAACUGACUUAAGUGAAUCUGGCUAUCUAGCAAAGGAUACUCAAGAAAGUUCUGUGAAAUUAGAAAGGAUGAAGAUAGUUGAAGAAAAAAAUCCUAUUCCCAAGAAGGAUUGCAAGGUUUAUGGGGGAAAAUCAACUGUCACUGAUAUGGGACAUGUGACUGACUUGCAUCCUUUGGACCCCUUCACUGCUAAUAACUUAAAUGCUAAGGCUAAUAUGCAAAAGAAUUGGGAGCUACGUUCAGAGGGUAUAUUUCCUGCACCAUCAGGUAUGAUGGGCCUCUCUUUAAAUAAUCUUGUGGAAAAGACCCUGUCUGAUCAUGACAUGUGCCACAGGACCAGUGAUGGCAAAAAAUGUGCUUUGUCUGAAGGUCUGAAUGGAGAACAAGGGACCAAUUUUUCAUUGACUAGAAAUUUUGAUUUGAAUGCUCCAAUUUUGAAUUGUGAAGUAGGAUCUUGUGACAAAAGUUAUCAAGGAGAUUAUAUGUUCAAGCAGUCUGCUGACUCAGAUUCUCUUAAAGCUUCACAGAUUCAGCCUUCUGAGAAUCGGGUAGCUACAGGUUUUCAAGAAAUUCCGACUGUAAGUCCGGCAAGUUUUUAUCCUGCUGCACUUCAUGAUGAUCUUGGUCCAAGUCUAAACAUGCCGAUGAAUUGCUUGGAUAAUCCAAGCAAUAUUAUUUCUUUUAAAAUGGCACCUUCUCUUCUUGACGACUUGAUUACCAGCACUGGUCAAAUGGUUGAUCAGUUUAUCCCCAAACACUCUGCCUCUGGAAAGUCAAAAGUUGAUGAUAAAAUCUCGGGACAACCAAAGAAGUUAGAAAGGUGUAAUGAUGCAAAUCUAACUGAGCCAAUUGUAAUAGUAGAAGACAUGGCUACUAGUGCUGUUCCUCCAUAUAUUGAGUCUUCAUCGGUAUGCAACCCACAUAAUUCAGAUGAAGAAGAAAGUAGUGUUGUAUCCCCAUCUCAUACUGAAGCUGAGAGCAUUAUCCCUGAGUCUGAAACUGAGGAUUUUAAUGAUGAUGAAACAGAGAAGAAUGAAUUCCUUUCUGAUGCAAUGAUAGCAGAAAUGGAAGCUAGCAUUUAUGGUUUGCAGAUAAUAAGGAAUUCUGAUCUUGAAGAACUUACAGAGUUGGGAUCUGGUACUUAUGGAACUGUAUAUCAUGGAAAAUGGCGGGGAACAGAUGUUGCUAUAAAGAGAAUUAAAAAGGGCUGCUUUGCAGGGAGAUCUUCUGAACAAGAACGGUUGGCUAAAGAUUUUUGGAGAGAGGCACAGAUCCUCUCAAAUCUUCACCAUCCCAAUGUGCUUGCAUUCUAUGGAAUAGUACCGGAUGGGACUGGUGGAACCUUAGCAACUGUAACAGAGUAUAUGGUUAAUGGUUCGCUUAGGCAUGUUCUUGUAAAGAACAACAGAUUACUAGAUCGUCGUAAAAAGCUAUUAAUUGCCAUGGAUGCCGCUUUUGGUAUGGAAUAUUUGCACUCAAAAAAUAUUGUCCAUUUUGAUUUGAAAUGUGACAAUUUGCUUGUCAAUCUAAGGGAUCCACAACGACCCAUAUGCAAGGUUGGAGAUUUUGGAUUAUCAAGAAUUAAACGUAAUACUCUUGUAUCUGGAGGUGUACGAGGAACCCUUCCAUGGAUGGCUCCGGAGCUGUUGUAUGGGAAUAGCAACCGUGUUUCUGAAAAGGUUGACGUUUUCUCAUUUGGCAUCUCAAUGUGGGAGUUAUUGACUGGGGAGGAACCUUAUGCAGAUAUGCAUUGUGGUGCCAUUAUUGGGGGUAUAGUAAAGAACACUCUUAGACCACCUGUGCCCGAACUCUGUGAUUCUGACUGGAGGAAGCUUAUGGAAGAGUGUUGGUCACCUGACCCGGAAAGUCGGCCCUCAUUCACCGAGAUAACAAGCAGGUUAAGAUCUAUGUCUAUGGCCCUUCAAGCAAAAGGGAAUCAUCAGACAUGUCAGUUAAGAUCCGGUGGUGCUUCCUGAAACUAAGGCAUAUUUUGUGCAGUUACGUUUGAUGGUACAAGGUUUUCGUUGCAGUGUUUUUAAAGAAGUGGUCAAGAUUGAGAUUGACAUGCUGAGGUUUCUCAAUACAAGUUACCUAUUGUUUCUUGUGCUUUUUGUAGCUUUGAUAUCUUCAUUUGUUUAUUCUUUCUUGUAUAAGUUGGGGUUGAGAUCAUGGUAUAGUUGUUUAGUUCUAUCAAUUUUGUACGUGAUGUAUGAUUUUGUCUGAAGAUAUAUUAAAAAUAGAUAGGAAACAGGUGUCUUUUUUUGUGCAUGUACACAAGACAAUAGUGCUUGUAAUAUUUGUCCUUGUUGAUGCGAGUAUCAUCUCAUACUCCUGCACCUUUCCUCUCUUUGGACGAUGAGAAUUUAACACUGUAUGUGACAUUGUAUAUUAUUAUUUUUAUCGUUGUGUAAAAUAUGUCAAAUAUGUAGGUGACACUUAAGCG